AUGGCUACCCCUAGCGUCCUCGCUUUUGACGCUGAGGGUCGGGCCAUUGACUUUGACGUCUGGGUAGAUGACCUGCAGCUUUUCUUACAGUGCGAUAGGGCAGACGGUCUCUCCCUCUUUGACCUCACUUCUGGUGCCUCUCCUGCCCCUGCUGCUGAUGCUGACGCCACUGUUCGCUCACAGGGUGCUCCCCCUCUACUCUCUUGCCCUCUGUUGCCUCUGCUGCUGCGGCCGAACUCGUUGGUCUUGAGUCGAUCGGUGCGGCGUCUGCCCCUAGCGGGAGACGCCGCACUGGCAAGGACAAGGGGGGCAGGGGCGGUGGAGGAGCUAGCGAGGGCGGUGGAGGUGGCGGUGGAGGUGGCGGAGGGGGUCGGGGUGGCGGUGGGGGUGGUGGCGGGGGUGGGAGCAUCGGUGGCGGCAGUGGAGGCGGAGGUGGCGGCGGCGGUGGCGGUGGGAGCGGAGGUGGCGGAGGUGGCGGCGGUGGAGGUGGCGGCGGUGGAGGAGGCGGCGGCGGAGGAGGUGGAGCUGGUUGGGGUGGCGCUGCGCAGAGGGUCGGCUCCGGUGGUGCGGGGUGGGGGUACUGGUCCGUGCACCUACGUCCUACGCACCGGCGACCGCGCGGGUGAGCCUUGCGGGGGUGCGCACUCCACCCAGCGCUGCUUUGGCCGCCUGGCGGACGCUUGGCGUCACCAGUUUCCUGAGGCCGCUGAGAUCCCUCGCUGGGGCGAGCUGUCUAGGGCGGGAGUAGCUAUCUUUGACCUUGACUUUGAUGCUAUUCUUGCUGCCAUGUAUGCUGUGACUAUUAGUGAUGAGAAAGACUGUUACCGGUGUUUUCCGCCCGAUCCGGGCAUUGGGACUGCUGCUCUAGGUACUGGUGAGGCUGCUGCUCUAGGUGCUAGCGAGGUUGCUCCUUUAGGUGCCAGUGCGUGUGCUUCCUCAGGUGCUGGUGAGUCUGCUCUCUCAGGUACUUGUCAGAACAUAUCUAUAGCUUAUGCUGCUGUGUAG